AUGGCUUCAAGAUCGUUUAGUGAACGUCGUCGACAGCAGAGGCAGAUACUCGACCUACCGUCACCGCUUUAUGGUACUUCUAUGGGCGGGGAACCGCUGGAGUUGUAUCCAAUGGGUGACGAGCCCCAGGGAGUGGAUCGUACACCUAGUCCGGCCGAUACGCUGAAACCCCUCCUCUCGACUCCUCAAGCACCGCCUAGUCCGAUGUUCCUUCGCGACAAGGGGUAUUUUCUCACCCAGCACAUGGAGUAUAGCUCCAGUACCAGUCCUCCCUUGACACGUGGAAAGGGUCCGUUGAGGAAUGUGCAGAGUUACCGCCCGUUCAGAGCGGCGUGGGAAGAUACGAGUGCCUAUGAUAUCUUUAGCUGGGUCUUUGCUACCGUCGUCAUCUUCACCGUUCUCAUCCUCCUCAUUGCUGGUUUGGGCGUCGACCACGGCCGUAUCGUCAGUGGGGACGUCAUCAUCUUCUUCCCAGGCAAAAGUCUCGCCGAAGUCGAUACAAUCAUCACAAUCUUCAUGUCCGUCCUCAGCGCUCUACACGUCAGUGUGCUGUUUACGACUAUGUUGCAGGUACAGUGGAGUAUCAAGUGGGAUGAAGUUACGUUGCAUAGUCUUACUUUGGAGGAGUUUGAGGGGUUGAGUGCGUAUGGGUUCAGGUAUUGGUGGACGGCGGUGGGGAUGGUUUUGGCAGGGAGGAUGAAGCAUAAGACGUUGUUGGUGGCUGUGGCUUUUUUCUCGGUGAUGCUGGGGUUUAUGCACUUGCUUGCUAAUCAAGCUGCGUACGCAAACUUGGGAUUGCAGCGCCAGACCAACUUGACGAAGGCUUUUGGUACUGCGAAUGUCACUAAGGCGGUGUUGGGGACGGACCACCCCACUGAUGAUGACCUUGUGUCCGUCUUGGAGAAAAUGGUGCGCGUCAACAUGGGUCUGAACGCCUCAGCAUUGGAGGACCAGAAUGGCAUUGUAUGGACGACUCCGAACGCAUCGGUCACGAACACCACCGUGAAUGAAUCGUAUUACAACGUCACGGGUGGUAGACCCAUCGUAACCUGCAAAACACUCCCCGUCUCCGAUUUUCAGCUCAAUUGGGGAAAUGCUAACGGGACACCUCCAUACCUUUAUGCUCCAUCAUUGUCAAACUUCUCCUUCUCUUUCCCGCAGCCGAAGAAGACGUUCAUGCAGUUGGGGAAUAAUGCAAUUUUUGCCGGUGACAUAGCCAGAAGUUUGACGGAUUCGCGAGUCAACGAUACAAUCGAUACAGAUGGGUUGAACUUUAUUUUUGGUGGGUAUGCGGUCGACCCGCAACUGUAUAUCCCACAGUAUGCUAGCUACCUUCGAAAUGCUACGCAUUCCAUGUGGGGCUUCGCCAUGAACUGCCGUUUCGAGCUCCAUGAGGUAAAAGGGAACUGCACCCUGGUCGGGAACAACCUCAAAAACUGUACUUUAUUCAACGGGUCCGAGAAGGCUGCGAGCCAGCUUGAUAUCCCAGGGGUCACGGGUGUUGUUACACAGAACCGCGUAAACGGCUUCCUUUACUACGCCGUCCUCCACGAUCAUCUCGAGAUACAGGUUCAGGGCGGACACAACUUCUCAUACCCACGUGCAUACACAAAUCAGAUCGCGGGGAGUACGAAAGAAGUUCCAAAUGUCACCGAUGUGUGGAGACGUAUUAACAUCUCCGCCUACGCCGCUACAGAGACGUUCCUCAAUCCCUAUUAUGGGAAUGAGACACAUCACGGCGAAGGCUACCAACUAGUCGCAGGCAUCGCCUUCAAGAACUGGGCACUUUACCUCGCCCUCAUUGUCCUUCUCUGGCUCUACUUUGGUUUCGUCUGCUUCGUAUUACACCUCAACCACUCCCCUAUCAUUCCACGCGCUAACUCGCCUUCUCUUUUGAUUGCGGCUACGGCUGGGAGUGAUGUGGGUGAGACGUUUUCUGGGUUGGGAAAUAGGAAGAUGAAGGCUGUUAUGGGGAAUGUGGGUGAGAGGAGGGUUGGGUAUGGUGUAUUGGAUGGGGAGGAGGGGCCUGGAGGGACUCACGCGAGGUUGAGGUUGGGACAUGCGGUCCAAAGGAUUAAUGAGAGCGAUGGGAACACGUUGUAUGGUUAGUGGUUGGUCUGUGACCAGACCAGCUAUUCCGCUCGUUACAAGGGCUGUUUUGGAGAGAACUGGUGAACGAUUGCAGAACUGCGUCUGAAAUUACGGCUUUGGAAGGCAUACCGGUUAUGCCGAAAAGGAAGAGUAAUACCAAUAUCAAAUAUUAUUAAUGAUCACAGCUCCCUAAGGAACUUCCGAAAACCACCUUAAU